UGAAGAGAAGGAAGAAUUUAUCCUGGGGGGCUGCUUCCUGGCCUCUCUUCGCCCUAAAACUUGGGCAAGGGCUUUGGGUGUUGUCCCAGGUUGCCACUAAGCGGGUGUUGACCUCGUUGUUGGAGAGGAAGAUACUGGAAGCAGAGAGGUUAAGAAGUCGGGUCUUUCGUUGAAGUCCGUGGCCCAGCAGUGAGACAGGUGCAGCUUCUCAUGGGUAGCAGUGCUUUAGAGCAUGCACAGAGUCCCCUCUACCUGAGAGCCAGAGCCCACAGUCCUUCCUUUCCCUGAUCCCCAACUACAUAUGAUCUGGUUGCCAUUUGAAGCUCGAAACUUGGACAGGUGUGUUUGGGAGAAGCGAAUCAUCAUCAUUUGUGACUAUUUGAGGCUUGGAUGGAUGCUCUUUGAACCCUACUUGGUUUUGCGACUGGUGUCGGAGAGCUUUUCAUUUUUAAGGGGUGACCUCAUGGAGGAGGAACUUUGGGGCCUGCGUGGAUACGAUGUCGGGGAGCUCAGGGCGAAGUGAGCCGUCUGGGCUUUACCACGAGCGGCAGCGCCUCGAACUGUGUGCCGUCCAUGCCCUCAACAACGUCCUUCAGGAGCGACUAUUUACCCAAGAGGCGGCUGAUGAGAUCUGCAAGAGGUUGGCCCCAGACGCCAGGUGGAAUCCCCACCGCAGCUUCCUGGGCACGGGAAACUAUGAUGUUAACGUCAUCAUGGCAGCCCUGCAGAGUGUCGGGCUGGUGGCCAUCUGGUGGGACAAGCGCAGGCCUCUGGAGCAGCUGUCCCUGGAAGGGGUGCUUGGCUUCAUCGUCAACGUCCCGUCCAAUGUCUCCCUGGGCUUCCUGUCUCUUCCCAUGAGGCGCCGGCACUGGAUCGCCGUGCGUCAGCUGGAUGGCACCUACUACAACCUUGAUUCCAAACUGAAGGCUCCCGUACCCAUCGGAGGGGAAGCUGAGCUCAGGUUAUUCCUCCAGGAGGUUCUCUCUCAGGGCCCCUGUGAGUUGCUACUGGUUGUCCCCCAUGAGGCAGAAGAGGCCGGCAGCUGGCUAAACACCGUCAAGUGAACCUCAGCGCCAAAGAAACCCAUCUGUGCCCGGAACCAUCUGCUGUACCCCUCUCCUUGUGAUGGCUGCAUGUGGCAUGGGGAAGAGAGGGCAGCGCGCUCCUGUUACGCUCCAGUCUUGGAGAUGACUUCCUGAAAUCCACCUUCCUUCUCCUCCAGGAUAUAAGGGCCCCACCCCUGGCUUCCCCUUGCUUUUAAAUGACUUGGCCUGUCCUGGGAUAGUGUGGAAUAAAGGUUGCAGUACAGAAUGGCGGAGGAUCUCCUCCUGGCUCAAUGAAUUAGGCCGUAAGGAUAGCCGUGCUGGGUCUUCCAACGGUGACCUCUCUGGGGCGAGGAGGAAUUCAUAAGUGUGGCACGGGAGCAACGGCCCUGUUGAUCCCAGAGUGUGUCCAUCCGUGGUACCAACAUGUGUCUGAAUGUAGCGGUUUCUGUUUCUAGCUGUUAAGGCUAGUCACCCCCGGCAGACCUCUGUAUAUUUAUGGGAUUCUUUUGUAAAAACUAUUUCUUCUAAUGCAUGAAGUUCCGCGGCCUCAGCAAGAACUUCCCUUUUCUUUGUUUGUUUUGCCCUCAACCUGCUACCUGCUCAUUUCAGGGUUGGCACUCGAAGCACAUGUGGGGUUCUUGAGAGGGGCUGGCCUGAACAAGUCCCGGAGAACGCGGAAGCACCGCGAUUCGGCCGGACACCUUUGGGCUUAUAAUGGCGGGGGCCGCUUUGGCAGGCAAGAGGAGAGGGAAAGGUGUAUGGGAGGGCAAGAUCAAAACGUAAAUCAAGCAGUGUGUGAGAGAGGAGCCCUGCUCAGUCCUCUAGAAACUUGCUAAUUACCCUGGCCCUUAAUGGCAUUUGCAAGGGAUGUUUUACAGCUGACUCCAGAGGAAAUGGGAUCGACAAGCGCUGUGGAGAAGUCGUAAGUGGCACAGGAGAAGGGAAAGGGAGAAUUUUUUAUUGUGCUGGCAUCAGGAAGUAAGAAGUCAGCCGAUAAGAGAGCCAGGAUAGUGUGGUGGUUAAGGUGGACUCUAACCCGGAGAGCAGGGUUUGAUUCCUCACCCCUCCACAUGAGCGGUGAACUCUUUAUCUGGUGAACCGGAUUUAUUUCACCACUCCUACACAUGAAGU